AUGGCCUAUCUCAUGGGCAUGAACACGAAGGAGCUCCACAAGCUUUGUGGGCGGCUGAGGGAAGAUCGCUUUCUCGCAGUCCAUACCCGCCCCGAAACAAAGGAAGGGCAGCAGCGCCCAAUGAAUCGCACCUACUACUACAUCGACUACCGGGCGUCUAUCGAUGCGAUCAAGUGGCGCGUGUAUCAAAUGAAUAAGAAGGUCCAAGGAAAUACCAUCCCCGAGAGCGAAAGAAAGGAGUAUUUCUGUAAGAGAUGCAAAUCCGAGUGGACGGUAUUAGAGGUGCUAGACAAGCAAGGACCCGAGGGAUUCCUUUGUCACAAAUGUGACUUCAUUCUCGAACACGACCCAGACAACAAUCGUGGAGGACACGAACAAUCUACAAGAUAUCAUGCUCAGUUCAGAUUUAUCACGGAUCUGUUGCCAAAAAUCGAUGAGAUUGUGAUCCCCGAGAACACUUUCGAGAGGGCGCUUGCUUCGGCACGGAAGGUUGUUCGAGAUGAGACUAAUCCAGCCAACGAGACUGCCCCUGUAGAUAACUCGGCUGCAAAGCCGACUGCAGUCCGAGGAAUGACAAACGUUGGUCCAACGUCUAUCUCCGUUACUCUCACAACCUCCGAAGGUCCUACAGAAGCCGACAUUGCCGCAGAGCACGCGAGAAAGGAAAAGAUUGCUGCACAAAAUGCCAUGCCAGUGCAUUUCACACACAGCACAAUCAGUGGUGAACAGGUCAAAUUUAGUGCACAACCGAACUUCCAAUCUUCCCAGUCUCUCGAGGCUGACAAGAAAAACCUCGAUCUCGACACUCCUUCUGUCAAUGGCGACGGUGCUGAAAUCGAUGACUAUUUUGCCCGUCUAAAGGCUGAACAGGCAAAGGAGGCAGAACGUGAGCAAGACGAGGAGUACGAGACUGAUGACGAGGAUGAGGAUGACCUUGGUUUUGAGGACGUCGUUCCGACCGGGACAGGAUCAGGUGCAGCCACACCAGCAAGCUCAGCUGGGGAUGUCAAACCCACCUCGGCUCCAUCCGGCUUAUCUGGAGUGUUGAAGAAGAGUGGCAGUGUGUCUGGGAGUGGGACCAGCACAGGCGCAACAAGUCCGGUAACAGGACCUGGCACACCAAAUGAAGACGGCCGGCCAACGAAGAAAGUCCGAAUCGAAGAGCCAACGCCGAAAGAAGAAGACGAAAGCGAGGAAGAUAUGGAGUUUGAGGAUGUUUAA